GAACACUAUGGGGCCAUGUUUACCUCACGGAAGGCCCAGCUAGUGCAGCUGGCCUUCGAGAGAGAGAGAGAGAGAGAACUUCAAGAAGAGCACUAUAAAUGAAUGAAAAAAAAAAUGUCAUCGUCACACAUCUCAGCGCAGACACUCGCCGCCUUCAGCUAUUUUAAAGGACCACUAUGUUCAGAAAAAGCUGCACUUGUCACUUGAGAUCCGCUUUCUUCCCGCCCUGGUUGUCUGUCUACUUGGCAUGCACUGCAAGUCUCUUGAGCACGGAAUUGAAAUACGUGCGAGGGAUGCAGGUGACGUCUGCCGGUCCGCAGACCAUCCACAAGGCUGAGGGAGAGAGCGUGACUUUGGGCUGCAGUUACACACUGAGCCCUUUUGACACCGGCGAACUUGACAUCGAAUGGUCUGUGGUCAGUCCAGACACCACGCAGAAAGAUCAGAUGCUCGUAUCCUAUACCAGCGGCACUACAUAUGUCCAUGGCAACCACGCUCUUGCAAAAGGACUCAGCUUUGCUGCUCCUGACCCCUCAUUGGGUGACGCUUCAAUCUCAAUCGCUCUGCUGUCACCUACUCACAGUGCUACCUACCAGUGUAAAGUGAAGAAAUCACCUGGAGUGGACAUGCGCAAGGUGUCACUGGUGGUAUUGGCGAAGCCGUCUGUGCCUAAGUGCUGGGUGGAGGGAGGGGAGCUGGUCGGCGAGGCUGUGUCUCUGCACUGCAAGUCUGCAAAAGGCUCCACUCCCUUGAAAUACACAUGGAAGAGAGAAAGUGCCGGCCCCAUCCCUGCUGCAGCCACACAGAACAGCAUGACUGGGGAGCUAAAAAUCAGCAACCACUCGCAGAGCUUCGCAGGAUUCUACCUUUGUGAGGUGAAAAAUGCUGUUGGAGCCGAACACUGCAGGAUCAACCUGAAAGCGAACAAACCUCCGAACAGAGCAGGGGUGAUAGUCGGCACCGUUGUGGGUUCUCUGCUCCUCAUCUUCAUCCUGCUGGUCUUCACUGGGCUUCUAUACUGGAAGUUGAGCAUCAGACAUCGCUUUGAGAAGGAGUUCUCUAAUGACAUCAGGGAGGACGCUCCGCCUCCUGAGAGCCGCCCAGUCAGUCGCGGUACGAGCCGGAGCGCCAGUCAGCACCCACAGGUUACUUACUGCCAGGUUGGCAGGACCGACAUAAGCUUUUUGAAAGACGGACGCACAUACAUUCCCUCCAGCAACAGCCAUGGACACACAGCGGCCAAAUACACAGCAGUCGAAUAUGAUAGCAAGUACGGAUAUGCAGUGUGACGAUCAACAGCAGCGCUGAACUGAGAAUGAUUUUGCUUUCAUUGUAAUGUUUCAAAAGACGCUUCAGGGCAGAUCAGACACUUGAAACUUAAAAUCUGGAGCAGCAGGAGUCUUGAAUAGAGUCUAAUGAAUUCAUAGCUGUGCCAUGUGAUGAUUUUUUAAAACAUUUUUCAUGUUAAUAACUUCUUAGUCAACAAGAUAAUGUAGCAUUAGCAUGUCAUUCAACAUGCAGGUGAAUGUUGCUCGAUGGUGUUUUAAGCCCCCAACGUCUC